CUUAACUGUGAAUAGUAUCUACUAAACAUCAUUGAAAUAAAAUAAAUGAAACGCCAGAUUUCUGCAAAUAAUUCGCUACAAGGCCAAAAAUGAUUCUUAACAGAGAGCUGAGAAUAUGCGAAAUAACCAGAGCGCAAUAUCGGGUGCGCUCGUUUAAUCUCGGUAACGUAAACGCAGUAGUCGAUAGUUAAAAUAAACAAAAUCAAAACAAAGCGAGCCUUUCCACAACGAAGGACUUAAUCCAAAUCCAGCGACCGUGUCACCGGAUGUCGCCGCUGCGGAGAGCCUGAAUCGCUCUUUGUGAGGGACUUCAAGCAGGAAGUGCCUUCCGCCGUGGAAGUGAAGGGUUGCCAUUUUACCGAGCUUACGCGCCAGGAGCGACAAAUGGGCAUCAAAGUGGUCCAGCUCACCUCAAAGUCCCACCAUGAAAACCUUCUGGCCUCCCUGCAUCACAUGAGGAGGCGGGGGCAACUGUGCGACGUAACGGUGGAGGUGGACUACCAGGGGGACGUGGAGGAGUUUCAGGCCCACCAGCUCAUCCUGGCUGCAUCCAGCGGAUACUUCCAGAACCUCCUCCUCUCCGGGGACGCGGGCCGGGCCAAACUGCCGCUCUCCAACAUGAGCUCCGGCGACUUCUCCAAGUACCUGGACUUCGCCUACACCGGGAAAAUAGAGGUGGCCAGGAACAAGAUCGCCGACGUUCAGGAAGUGGCGCGGCUGCUGGAUUGCGAGGGUCUGUCUGUGGUGUGCGGCGACGCCUUGAGCGCCGGGGUUCUGGAGAGGCCCAAGAGGAGAACCUGUGACGCCAAGGGCGUGGAUGGAGGCGACUCGCCCGGCGGCGAAAAGGUAAAAGCUAAAAGCCCCGAGACGCAAGACACUAAAAAGACGCUUAAGGCCAAAACUUUUCAAAGGAAAACAACGAAGCAGGGAAGAAAGCUGAAGCUGAAGGUGGCCGGCCGCGAAGUCCUCCACAGGCGCCUGCGUUACCCUUCCAAAGCGAGUCCCAGGGACCAAAGCCAAGGGACCGAGUCCGAGGAAAUAACCGCGGAGGAACCCGAACCAGAGACGGAGGAAGACAAAGACGAGGACACGGAGGAGACGGAGGUGCCGGAGGACAUCGGUGCCAGAGCUACUGAGGAGGCCAAAGGUUGGGACUCUGAGGAGGGCGCGGCGAGCAAUGACUCUCACGACCCGUUGUAUCUGGACGAGGGGGAGGAGGACGAGGAAGACGAGGAGGGGCAGUCCGAGGAGAAAGCUAAGAGGCUGUCCAAGGCCCAGUUCAGCUGCAACAAGUGCCAGCGCACCUUCCAUUACGAGAAGAGCUACUUGAAGCACAUCAGCGCGUACCACGGGGUGAAGGCGAACAUCGUCCACCGCUGCGAGACGUGCAUGCAGACCUUCGCCAACCGCAGCAAUCUGAAGAUCCACGAGAGGCACGUCCACAGCAGCGAGAGGCUUUUCGUCUGCGAUUCCUGCACCAAGACCUUCAAACGCAAGAAGGACGUCGUCCGGCACAAAAAGCAGGUACACGAAAGGAGCAUGAGGCACGUGUGCGGCGACUGCGGGAAGUCCCUCAGCUCCAAAGCCGCCUUGUUGCUGCACGAGAGGACGCACUCGGGCCUGAAGCCGUACGAGUGCGACGUCUGCAGGGCCAAGUUUACCCAGAAAUCUGCCCUCAAGAUGCAUCACAGGACCCACACAGGAGAGAAGCCGUUCGAAUGCGACGAGUGCGACGCCCGGUUCUCCCAGAAGCACAUGUUGUCCUACCACAAGAGGUCACACACAGGGGAAAGGCCUUUCAUGUGCGAGUCCUGCGGUAAAAGCUUCGCCUCCAAAGAGUACCUGAGGCAUCACUCGAACAUCCACACAGGCUCCAAGCCGUACACGUGCAAGUACUGCGACAGAGGCUUCGCCCAGAGGAACUCCCUCAACCAGCAUUUGAAAAUUCACACGGGUGAGCGUCCGUACAGCUGCAAAGACUGCAACAAACACUUCACCCAGCUCAACGCGCUCCAGAGGCACCACCGCAUCCACACGGGGGAGAAGCCCUACAUGUGCGGCCUCUGCAAGCGCACCUUCACCGACAAGUCCACCCUGCGCAGGCACACCGUGGUCCACGGCUCCGACGUUCCGUGGAAGACCUACCUGGUGGUGCUGGAGGGCAACGUGGAGGAGAAGAAGCCCAAGUCGCCUACGAAGGAGAAGCCCGAAAAGGGAAGGAAGAGCGCAGCGAGCAACAGCUCCAGCUCUGCAGACGGCGCGGGGAAAGCCGGCACGGAGACGGUGGUGGUCCCGUCUCAGCAGGUCGCUCUCCCGGCUGGCUGGGCCGGUCACGGGACCCUCGCCCUGGUCCGCCACGGCGGCGGCGGGGCCAUCACGGUUAUCCACACCGAGGUCCCGCCCGGGACGCAGACCCAGUCCAUCGUAGCCACGAGCGGCGCCGGCGCCCUGUCAUUAGACGGCUCAGCCAUUGCCGUCCCCUUCUCCAUCCCGGUGUCGGUAGCUCAGGGGUUGUCCUCCGAUGCGCCCUCCUGCUCCCUGUCCGUCCCCACGCUCUCCGUCCCGGUCUCUGAGGCCUUGUUGACGUCGGUCUCGGACAUCUCCGCCAUCUCGGCGGCGUCUCUGCUGGAGGCAGCUGCCACGCAGACGGUCUUAGCGCCAGCUUCAGAACAGAAGUCCCAGGCCGGGAGGGACAUGUUGCAGCCCGACAUAGAGACCGUGAUCAUCGGGGAUGAGGGAGCAGACGGAGGUGCAGAAUAAUGGACAGAACAAGACAGCAGAUGAAGCAGAAACCACCAAAGAUUAACAUUCAGCGUAGAGGAAACGCUCUCUUGCUCUGGUCCAGGUCUUUGUGGUGAAUCACUAUUCACACGAUACUAAAAACAUUAAAGCCAUCAUGUCAUUUAAAGUCAGUGUAUCUGCAACAGCGGUGCAUCAUUACUAAUAUUAUUACUAAGCACCAGGCUGUGUAAUAGCUUUUUUACCCCCGUUUCCUACCAACAGUAUGUGUUGCCACGUCCUUCUUACCUGAAUUUCUAACCCGUUUAGACUAUUGUAGAAGUUAUUUUUCUUCGUAGUUAAAUGGUAGUCGUGAAUGAUUAUGAUCACAAAGUAAAAAAAAAAUGCUCCCAUUCCAUCUAUAAUUUAAAUAGUUCCAUGUUAUUUUGCAAUGUCCUUCCGUUCAGAUUGCUGCUCCAGUCCACGCUCUACAAAAAAGUCGGCCGCUUUUCCCUCGAUCGACUGCGACUGGUGAGCCGACGGGUCCAAAAAUAAAAAUGGGUCUACUCUGAACGUCAAGAUUCUUCAUAAUCAUGGUUUCCUUUAGUUAAAAAAAACACCCAAAAAACAGAGCUACAACAGCACAGCUGACAUUAGCUGAUUUAUUGCUUUCCACUGUUCCUUCUGAGAGAUCCAUAGGAAAUUCAGCCGUGUAAGCUAUCGUCACUCGAUGUACACUACCGUUCAAAAGUUUGGGGUCACAUUGAAACGUCUUUAUUUUUGAAGGAAAAGCACUGUACUUUUCAACGAAGAUAAC